AUGUCCAACGCCUCUUAUCGCGGCCGCGGAGGAAGACGAGCGGGAAACCGCACACAGGAAGGGAGUCUGUAUGCAGAUGUUGCGAAGGGUGAAUUUAAGACCCAGUGUACCGCAGGCGGUACCGUAAUUGUAACCUCUGUGUCAAACGGUUCCGGUAACGCGCAGCUUCCUAAAGGCGGACGUAAACAACAACAGGCGAAUCAGGAUAACGGCGGAUCAAAACAAUCAUUUAAGAGUCAUCGAGUGUUAAAUGAAGAAGAACUUGCGACAUUUCGUACCUCUUUUUGCACGAAUCAUCACCAGAACAAAUGUCCCAAUAGCGAUUCAUGUGAGAAGAGUCACUGUCUUACAUGGCAGCGUAGGAAUCCAUAUGAAAUAUCGUAUUGUCCGCAACUCUGUCCGGAGAUACAGUUUGUGAAAAAGUCGCGCAAGAUGGUUCUGUAUCGGCGUUGCACUCGCGGUAAAAACUGCAACUUCGCACAUUCUAAGGAGGAGGAGCUUUAUCAUCCUCUGGUUUACAAGACGAAACAAUGUUCUGCGCACCCAAAGUGCUCUCGAUACUUCUGCCCUUUCGUCCAUGCUCCCUCGGAGACACGUGAUGUAAGUGAAUUGAAAUUGACAGGUUUGGAUCUAACCAGCGGAUGUCAACUCCAGGCUGAUAAAGAACAGGAACCCGAAUCACCUCCUGAACUUGCAGAACCUGUUGAAGGGCGGCGAUACGAAGACGUGGUGGAGGCGCUGAAAACGGAUGACGACGCAGCGUCGGGGAUGUGGUAUGAGCCUCCAAGCCUCUCCGCAAUUUGCGGCUACGAUGACGUCACGUUUAAAAAUCUAUACGGUUAUGGAUGCCCUGGGUUUGCGCAGGUUCCCACGGACGACUACUCGGCCGGCUUUGAUUUGCAAAAUUGUGUUACGUGGCAGACACUUUCGCCCGCCAACCACUUUGAGGGGCCUCUAAUGGAACAGUUCGUUGAUCCAACCAGGUACGGCAUUGGUACCGAGUUCGAUAGCAUGGGGGGAUCUCAGCAGUUCACUGAGGGUUUAGAGGGUCAAUUUGUCCACCUAGUCGACACUGACCUCGAGGAACAGUUCGGCGCUUUUUCUCUGCGGAAGGGGCAUGAGGAACCUUUGGAUAGCUACCCGCUGAACGACAUACUAGUGAAUUUCAUGAACGACAUGGGCGACAAAUAA